AUGUCGCAUCAGUUUGCGCGAUUUAAGCCGCUGCCGCCCCCCGCCACCAACGUUCCCGACAGGAUCGCCAUCGUCCUCAAGAUCGAAGCGAUCGUCCAGUCACUGAUCAAGCAGAUCGCGAACGACGAGCCACCGUGCUUCGUGUACGACCGCCGGCACGACUGGGAGAACGUCGUGUACUGCCACCGCAGAGGACUCGUUCGCAAGGACAAUCCCGCCAAGACGGUCACCUCUUUCGGCUCGGCCGCGUCGAUCCGAAAGUUCGCCCUCAUGCUCAAGGUCCUCUCCAAGGUCCACUUCCUCCUGCUGACGAACACCAAGAGCACCAAGCGCCAUAUUUUCUACGAGGACGUGGCCCUGUUCGGCUCCCAGGCGAUCGUCGACUCCAUUGUGGAAGACAUCGCCUGCAUGCUACAGGUACCGCGCCGUUGCCUCAACAUCGUGGCCACCUCGAAGGGAGUGUUCGCCGGCCAUAUCCGUUUCCGCGACCCGAGCGGUAACCUCGUGGACGGCUCCGUCGGGACCACGCUCAUGCCGACCGACGUGAGCGGCAUCAGCGAGCUCGCGUCCUCCGCCUCGUACGUCCUAGUCGUCGAGAAGGACGCCAGCUUCCAGAAGAUCCGGGACGACGGCUUCCUGGACACUUCGGCGGGUCGCUGCGUGCUCAUCACGGGCAAGGGCUUCCCGGACGUCAACACGCGCGAGUUCGUCCGACGCCUUCACGUCGAGCUGCAGCUGCCCGUGUACGCCCUCGUGGACGCCGACCCGUACGGCGUCGAGAUCCUCUGCGUUUACGCGUACGGUUCCCUGGCGAUGGCGAGCGAGACGGACUCCCUGGCCGUACCCGGGAUUCGGUGGCUCGGUGUCCACCCCACGGACAUGGAGAAGUUUCGGCUCAAAAACUGUCCUCCGUUGAACCACGGAGACAAGUCCAAGUUGAGGGACCUGCUGUCCCGGCCGUACGUCGAUGCCAACUGCGAGUGGAAGAAGCAGCUGCUCGUGCUGGAGUCGACGCAGCGCAAGGCCGAGAUCCAGAGCCUGUGCGGGAUCGGCCAGCACUUCCUGACUGAGUCGUACAUACCGGCCAAGAUCAGACUCGGCGGCUGGAUCUGAGACGUCG